GCGAUAUUUGUGAUGAAGUAUUUAAAUAAUGAUUGAACAUACGAACGCGAACAUGUGUCCAAUACCACUGCCUCCUCGCACAGCUCUUCCGGGUGUUAUUACUCGUGUAUCAUCCGUUAUCACACUUUACCGUUACCCAUCGAUAAACAUGCUACAAAUGCUUCAGCACAUUUUGCCCGAAAACUUCGGACUCAUUCUUCUGCUUUAUCUCAACAGCAAAGUUGAUGAUUUCAUAGCACAAAUGAACUCCAUCUCGAGAAAUUCUCAAAACGAACUUCACUUCGAUUGGUAAAAUCAGGUUGAGAUGGAACUGUCGGAAUUGUAUUUAGCUGUGGUUUUAGAAAAUGAGAUAUAAAGGAUGGUUUUAUCACGAGCAAGGGAAAAUGGAG